UCCCCUGACUACAUUUCUAUCUCUUGCUCUCUUACUUUUGGUCCCUCUUUUAUACCAUUGCACUCAUACUAGUCACUCUCUUGCCGACCACGCAAUCCGAUCCAUUUUCCUCCCUCUGCUCACCGAGUACCACCGACUAACCCCCUCUCUCAGCUUAACCCUCGCAGUACCCCACCUCUCACCCUCGUCGUCGUUUCUUCCGUCCACCCACUUUCUACCCCAUUUCCUCCCCUUUGCUCUCUCAUCACUGUGCCAGCUUCUAUCCUUGCCCGUCCGAUUUUCUCUCACUCUUUUCGCUGGUAAAAGCAGUGGCGUAGCCAGCAGGAUUUCUCCUCAACAGGAAAAGGAACAGGCUCUCCUUGUGUCUAUCCCCGUCGAGGGAUGACAGUCGUAAGGCAGUAUACCCGAUAGACAUCCGAUCCUAAGCGACUCGUAUAUUCGAAUCGAGCAUCUGAAAAAGAAUGAUCGUUAAAGGAACGAGGUAUUAUCCGUAUUUAGUGUAAACAAUGUCCAGUCACGGUUCAUUCCAGCCUCGAGUGGAAUCCAUGAAAAAUUCGAUAUCGGGUUACUACACCCGGGGUGGACAGGAGAGCGCGUGUAUCUCUAUAUUCGUCCAUCUCUUUCGAGCUUCGAAAGUGCUCUCUUACCGCGGCUUUCCCUUUCCCCCUUGUCCCAGGGUGGUAGCAAAAGCUUCCACCCCCGUUCGCCCUUCCUGGUCGCCUCUCUGUCGGGCCGAAAACCGAGCCUUUGAAGCAGCGAGCGCGACUACCAACCACCCCGUUCACCCAUUCGCCCGCUCGGCCGUCCACCAGCCCUCUUCUACCCCGUUGGUCUCCGGGCUGCUGCCACCCACCGAUAUAUACCCCCGCUUGCUCCGCUCGCCGCGACGACCGCAGACACAAAAACAAUAACAAAUCGAUUCGCGAGGGCAAUGGGAAGGGGUCAGCAGCGAGGUAGGACGACGAUGAAGAGAGGGACGAGAGAUAGGGGGUUGUACGUCUUUCUCUCUCUUUCUCUCCGUUGGUCGCCGCCGCCGCCGCCGCCGCCGCCGCCUCUCUUUUCCCUCGUUCCUCCUCGUCCCUCUUUCUGGAUAUUGUAUAGAGAACGUUAUGCUAAAGUAUGCAUGCACGAGGGUUGGUCCAAUGGUCAGGAAUCUCGCGAGUUCGUUCUGCGGCACCGGCACGUAUCCGGACACACGUAUAUCCUCGGUGGCGUGCCUCGUGAGACUCCGCGUGCCACGUUGUUCCGACGUUGUUAGCGCCGCUACUAACUUCCGUAACACUUCCGGUCAACCCGGUCACCGACGAAGGAUCGGCUGUGCAAGAAUGCUCCGUAGACCGGGGGAUGAUUUACCGUAAUGACGAUCGGCCUGAAUCGCGGUAGGCCACCGGACGGUCAUCCAUGGAAUAUGGAAUCUGGAGUCUUCACGCCGCGGGUGAACUUUGGGCUGACCCGCGUCUCGCCCGAAGGCACUCGAUUCUACCAGCCGGUGCGACGCAGUUGCUUCCGAGGGCUGCGUUCGCCCUGAGCGGUCUUCAUCGACCUGACAUGCUGCCGUUACCACUCACGUCCACCCCCGAUCCCAUGGAACCGUACGGACCGAUGGAAUUGGUCGCGAAACCCUCCGCGGAGAGGGACGCCGAGAAGAGCGAGGCUGAAGAGGAGAAACACGAGGACAACGAAGGAAACAUCGAAAAACCAGACGAAAAUGAUAAUCAGACUUCUGUACCAAAGGAAAACAACGACAACGAGGACGCGGGGGAGGAGAGCGACACCGGAAGCACGAACAGUUCCCAUCGGUCGGCUAACAAUAAUUUGUCGACCAAGUUGCUCGACCCGAUGGCUUAUCUUACAUUCGAUAAGGAGGGAGCAGUUACACCGGUUCUAAAUGGCUGGGUUCUCAGCGCCUACACCGCCAUGCUUGGCAGACUUUCUGCAGCAACCGCAGCUCUUGAGGCGACGGAAAUCCCAAAUGUUCCUUCCGACAGUGAUUCUGAAAGCGAGCAUUCAUCUUACACUGAAAAAUCACGAGGUAGCAGUCCAAACGUAAGCAAUGCCCAUCGUGGUUAUUCCUGUGGCUCCUGUGACGUGGUUGCACCCACGAGGCCUGCCCUACGAAAGCAUAUUGUCGACUGUCACCCGCCUGUGUCUAGCACGGAAACGGGGGAAACGAAAAGUUGUCCGUCGUCGGGGUGUGAUUUCACAACGAGCAGCAGGUGCGAGAUGGAGACACACGUGGCUGCACACGUGGCACAAGGAAUGACACCCACAGGAAAGAAACGUACCCUGGCAUUGCAACGUGUCAGGUAUAGAUACGAAAGAGAAGAGUAUCGAUGCUCGUUGUGCUCGUACGCGUGCACUAUCGAAAAGGCAUUUCAAAGGCAUUUAAGGGCUCACGCGAAGGGCACGGCACCGGAAACGAGGGUGAGCUGCGCUGUAUGUGGCGCGGAUAGAUCCUCGGAGGUCGAUCUCAGUAGACACAUGAGAAGGCAUCGCGAUGAUCGAUACUUUUGCUGUGACAUUUGCAUCUUUCGCACAGUUCAGUUGAAAAAGCUGAUCCAGCAUCGACGAAUGCACACGGGUGAAAAGCCACAUCUCUGCCCGCACUGUGCAUACAGAAGCGCACGCCGCGACAAUUUGCGGAGCCACGUAAGACGAGUACAUAAAAAGGAGAAUCUUUAUUGCGACACCUUUAGUCCACGGGGUAUGCUGUUAACACCUACGAUCGGAAGGGACAGUCCUGUAGUACAGAGCCCAGAAUCAUCGCCGUCCUCCAAUUCGGAGUCCGCAAACUAGCGGCGCAACUCGUGAAAAUGCUGGAAGAUCUCGCGAGGGAUCUCGCGACAAAUCGUCGUCGUUCUACACGUCCUAACUUUGUCAAUAUCGCGACUAGACGGUAGAAAUUUUACGUUGGCAAAACGCGUCGUAUCGUCGCUCUUUUCAGCUGCCUCUAACAUUGCAAUUGCCCCAAGCGAGUGAAAUAAUUAUGGAGGAAAGAAUUGUUCAGGAAAAAUUUUUCUAAAUUAAUUAUCUGAUGCGUGUCUAUGAUUGUAUGUUUGAGGCAACAGGAAUAGCGACGAUAAAAACGGUCAGAAGUUGUGUAUUUAUGAUUUUUUUUUAAACAAACACAGCGCAUAAUUGUCAGCGCUGUUAUAAAAUAAUACGUACAAUUUUAUCGAUAGACUGCAAAGUAUACGAACAAGGUGAUUAAAGAAGUAAUUGAAGAAAGUACGAAUAAAGAACGCAACUUCUGACUAAUUACGACAGAACUUGCCAUUAGCGACUAGGAAAUAUAUAGAGAAUUGCAUGCGAACGUCGAUAAUUCAAUCUCAUCUUUAAAUUCUAACGAGAUCUUUAUUAUUAGCCAAUUUAAUUAUCGAAGUCUCUUCGUUGAUCAGAUGUUGAUGAACGAAAGAAAAAAAAAAAUGAAGCUGCGCAAUGGUGCUAGAAUCGUAGACUGGAUUAUUAGAGGAAGACUGAAAGUAGGAAUGUUUCACGGUGUGACAUCGUCCUUCGUUUCUCGAUCACCGUGAUUCGAACAGAAGAAUCAGUGAUUAUUAAGACUGGCUGUUCUCCACUGAUAUCUAAGAGAUACUCGUGCUGCGAAUCAAUGUUUGCUGUUAAUUAUUUGCCUGCAGACCAGAUUGAUAUCGUUAAAUAAAUAGUUAUUUCCCAAUGGAAGAAUUGAAAUACAGAAAAAUGUCAUUGAAACAACAUAGAAUAUUCUUUUGAAGUAGAAUCAUUUUUCUAUGAUUAAAUAUUAUAAACUAAACUACAGCACGAGAUCUUUGAUCCAUGGAGGAAGGUGCUAUUUUCCAGAGAUAAUUUUACUGUCGUGUCCUUCUGCAUUUAACUCCAACUAUAUUGAUUCUCCAGCUAUAAUUAUGAUUGUUAACAGUAUUAUUGAUAAUGAUAUACAUUGUUAUUAUUACUAUUAUUAUUAUUGCCAUUAUUACUAUAUAACGUAUGUAACGACAAUGUGCAAACGAUACGUUACCAUGUAAUGGUGUGAAACGUGUUCGUUAACUGAGGAAAGAGUAGUCGAGAGAAUUUUAUCGAAUUUCAUAGAGAUAACGGGAUAAGAUACUUAAAAGUCUCUUGUUCGAUGAUAUUGGUUCGCUUAACGCGUUGGUUGUCACGGUGGUCAUUCGAUGACUAGCCUUAUUAAUUCAAUUUCAUUAACUACUUUUUUGUUUUAAAAUAAUUAGUCGUAACGAUUAAAGAGAAAAACAGAUCCCCAGGUGUGCAAAGCACAGAGUGCAGGAUUUUCCAACGAAUCGUAACUAUAUAUAUACACGUGUAAUCUGUAAGUGCGAAUCCGUAAGUUGUAAUGCCAAAUAUCGUCUAAUCGCGGAUACAUUUACUCUGUCCUCAUUUAACGCGAACAGAAAUUCACGUGACAAGUUUCUUCUCUAUGUAGGAUCAAACACCGUCCCCUAAAAAAUGUAAACGGUUCUACGAGUUUCCGCUGAAACGGGGAGGCGAAGCCCAGUACAUAUAACAUAAAUGUGUGUCAAUUUUUAAUGUAUCAUAACUACGUUCUAGUCGAUAACGAUUUUUAAGGGAAAGAUAAGAAGGCACGGGAAGAGGAUCUAUGCUGUUCGAUGCGCAAACGUUACGGCUGCAAUUAGUAAAAAAAAAAAAAGAAGCUACGUUCUUUCUCGUCCGAGACGGCUGCAUUCGCGUUCAGAAGGAACACGCAAUUCGAGUUGACCGAAUUUCGCGGGAAAAGUUGUUAGAAUUAAUCGAAUUGUCAAAAGAAACAAAAGUCUCCCCCAGGGAAAUGGCGUUACAGGGGUAGCAGGAAUUCUGAAAAAAAAAAUAUUCUUCAUUUUCACGAUACUACUAAUUGUACUUUAAACGAUACUUUAUAUUUGUACGGCGUUACGCGGUAAAUUCGCGAGAAUUUUUAUACAAAUAAUUUUACAUGCGCACGCCUAAGAAAAUGCAGCUCGAGGGAGCUGAUCCAGGAUGAUCCGCGUCGUCUCUUUCAUUGUUUUUUUUUUUCUCAAUAUUUCGUAUUACUCGCAGAUGCGAUGCUCUCUAUCUCUAUCUCUCUACCUACGUGAUAUAGUAUCUUUGGUAGUUGGUUGUGCCGCGAUAGCGAGCUAAAAGGUAAUUAUUAUCGCGGAACGACGAUUGUUGAACAUUGGUAUACCGAUGCGUUGUGUAUUAUGAUAUAUUUAUAACGAUAUUCUAUUUUUGAUAACUGCUCGAUUGAUUAUUCCAUUUAGAAGGAUCGUUCAGGCGGCCGCGUUUUAGAAUAAUUUUCUAGCUUUUAAGGUGUCCCAAAGCGAUGAUCUUUCCUUUUCCAUUCGCGUUGCAAUUAUAAUAUAUGUAGGACGAUUUUCCACGGUGAAACGUCUCGGACGUAGAUGAUUUCGAACGACAAAGUAAAAAGAAAACAAGGCGUACAUUUAAGGGUCACUUGAUGGAAUUGCCUUUACCGAGUGGAUGUAGAGCCUCCUCGAGCGAAAUUAAUUUAUUGCCAUUCUCUCUAUUAGUAUACGAUGCAUGUACACACGUAGUAAAGUACAAGAAUAUUAUACUUUGUAUAAUGACAGCGUAUCAAUCGGUAAAGCUUGAUAAGUACUCUUAACACUUUAAACACUCUUCAAGGAGAUAUUGGUCCUCAAGGUCGGCCUUGAGAUUCCGGGGGUACGAGGCGAGCUUAAAAAAAGGGCCUCUUUACAUAUAUGACAUAGAAAAAGUACCCCAAAUAAAAUUUAUAAAAUUAACACUAAAGCUUGUACAACUAAUUUAGAUUUGCAUUUACAUUGAUUAUAUUAUUC